CAACAAUCCUGAUUGGGUGUGAUAAGGGUGUGUUAUGCAAAUUGAUAAACUGAGGCAUCAACGAUUAAAUAUCAAGAGUUUAUUCUAUGUCAAAGAUAAUAGCAAUAGCUCACACACUGCGCUUUGAUUAUCAGCCUGUUCAUCGUUGAUUGUAAUACAAUCACAUCAAAUUACUGAAACCUUUUGUCGAAAAUAUGGUUAUAGCGAAAAAAAUAAUAGUAGUAAACCCAUUUGUUGGUGUACCCAAACAUAAUGAUUUUGAUAUAGUUCAAGAGGAACUUUCCGAAUUACAAGAAAGUGAGUUUCUAGCAGAAGCAAUAUACUUUAGUGUUGAUCCUUAUCAAAGAAUGAAACUAGGCAAUGUAUAUCCUUGUGAUAUGAUUGGUGGACAAAUUGCCAGAGUUAUUGAAAGUAAAAAUACCGAGUAUCCUGUUGGGACACUGGUUAUGGGUCACUUUGGCUGGAGAACACAUACAAUCACUAAACCAGAGAAUGAAAAGCUCUGUCAACAAAAACCCUACUUGUAUAAACUACCUGACUUUGAACAUCUACCUGUGUCUUUGGGCCUUGGUGUCUGCGGUAGAGUAGGAAAUACCGCAUAUUUCGGCUUUAGUCAAAUCUGCCAACCAAAACCAGGUGAAACUGUAGUAGUAUCGGGUGCGGCAGGAGCUGUGGGGUCCCAUGUUGGUCAAAUUGCGAAAAUAAUGGGUUGUGUAGUUAUAGGGUUCGCAGGCACAGAUGAAAAAUGCCAAUGGUUGAUUCAGGAAGCUGGCUUUGAUCACGUAGCAAAUUAUAAAACUGCUGACAUACCUACAUUCCUCAAAGGUACUGCUCCCAACGGUGUAGACUGCUAUUUUGAUAAUGUGGGUGGAGAGCUCAGCAGUGUAGUUUUAUCUCACAUGAGAACUUUUGGUAGAGUUGCGGUCUGUGGCGCUAUUUCAACAUACAACGAAACAAAUGCAGAUAAACUUAAAGCCACUGUAGUUCAACCAUCAAUUGUAAGUAAACAGUUGAAAGUAGAAGGGUUCCAAGUGAAUAGAUUUGCCGACAGGAAUAUGGAAGGCAUUCAGAAAAACUUGGCUUGGGUCAAAAGCGGUCAACUAAAGUACAAGGAACAUCUUACUGAAGGCUUCGAAUCAGUCAUCGAUGCAUUUAUCGGGCUGUUCAGAGGUGACAACAUUGGAAAGAGUAUAGUCAAAGUAACGUAAUUUUUAUGAUGUAUUAUAUUUAUACACAAUAAAAUUAUUUUACAGGA